AUGCCCAUCUUCCAGACUGAUCUUGAGCACGAGCACGGGCACGAGCGUUGCUCCCGCUCACCCGCUCCAGUCCCCGUCGCCGUCCCGACCCAACGGGCUUUCCCGAUUCCCAGGCGUCUUUCGGAGGAAAGUGUCCGCACCGAUCUUUGCGAGGGGCCCGUCCUGGAUACGCCGGAUCAUGCAUCGACCAUGCGAGCCGAAGGUGACGGUGCCACGUCGGAUAGGGGCGAGCUGAUCGAGAGACUGAAGCGAGGGGAGAGUCCCACAUGGAUCCCCAACCGACAUCUUGAGUCGAUGCUUCAUCAAGGCGGCACCGUCGACAUCGCCCGUCCACCACGCUCCCCGUCUCACCCUCCGGGCUUGCUACCUCCGGCCCAGAUCACGCCGGAGAGUGACAGCCCUGCACAAGGCUUCAAGGAGGAUCGGUUGCAGGACGGCCUCAACAUCGAAAGGCCCGGAUCCGCUCUUCACAGUGGAGAUUUCGCCCAUAGCCACAGGCCUGCGGAGCGACAAGCGAGCAGUGGUCCGUCCCGGCAGUCGUUUGGUUCGGUCGAGACAAUCCCAUGGAUUGCGACCAGCCCCCCUAGGAAUUUCACCUCGUUUCACUACGGGAAGAGCUCGCCCCUACAGGAAUGUGCCCGCAGCUUCCAGGCAGCGGCAUCUCCACUUUCGACGUCGUUGUCCAACUUCGUCUUUCAACCACCAACCAGCCCACUCGUCCAGUCCGAGUCGAACGAUGAGCUGGAGUUUCCCAUGCCUCCCGAGGCCAUCAGCCUCUCGACAGAACCUUUCGGCCGGCGAGGAGAUGAUUCCCUUCACUCGUCCAAAUCAUCACCCUCUCCGUCCCCGUCCUCGCGCCAUUCGAUCGCCUCAUGGACCCCUCAGCGCCGCGAUGGCUCUUUACCGUACCAAGCCCACCAACCCCGUCGAUCGUUAACGUCAACGCCGAGUUUCUUGCCGCAUGGAACAUCGCCACAGACGGCUGCCAUGGUGCGGUCCAGGAGGCCGUCCUUGAGCUCGGACAUGUCGCCCAUCCAGCACGCUUCCAUGGUAGGAUCGUACGAGGAGAGUAUUCUCCGUGGACGCAUGUCGACGACGCCUUCUCAGCCGUUUGAUUUCCUCGCACAGAUUGGCGUUUUGGGAAGAGGAAAAUGUAAGCCUAGCCUGCGGUGUCCUCCUCAUGUCACGCUGCCGUUCCCGGCCGUCUACUACAACUACGGCGGCACGCCGCACCUGAGGUCACGGUCCGAUGACGGACCAAGCCCGUACGUAGGGCAGAUUGAUCUCGAAAACGGGCUUGUAACCUCGGACGAGGAGACCAUGCCCAGGAAUGAUCCCCGAGACCGGAACUGUGACAGAACGAUGCUCGGCGACGACACGGACAUGGACAUGAACUUGAUGAAUGGCCCUGGUGGCGGGUUGGAUCGCUGGCGCAUGAGCCCUAAGCAGAGGUUUGUGUCCCCGAAAGCACCUCCUGGUGGCAGCUACAGGAUCCCGGAAAAGGGUCAGAUCCAAAUCAUAAUCAAAAAUCAGAACAAGACAGCCGUCAAGCUCUUCUUGGUACCUUAUGACCUCUCUGGCAUGGAGCCGGGCACAAAGACCUUCAUCCGCCAGCGCAGCUACUCGGCCGGACCGAUCAUUGAUAACAUCCCCAACCCGAGCGAGACGGAUGGCAUGAGCCGUCCGAUGUUGCGAUAUCUCGUUCAUCUGCACAUGUGUUGUCCGUCUAGGGGCAGAUUCUACCUGUACAAGAGCAUUCGGGUUGUCUUCGCGAACCGAGUGCCUGAAGGAAAAGAGAAACUCCGGAACGAGACGACUUGGCCUGAGCCGCGCUUCACGCCGUACAAGCCGAUCCGGGCCAUGCACCCGCCCGCUUCAUCAUCCACUGGACCUGGCGCCACCCUGGCUGCCGAGAAGGCCUUUCGAAGGAGGAGUCUCGGUGUAGCAUUUGGCGGAGCGUCUUCCCGCGCAUUUGACGCGGCCAACGUCGCCGACAUGGGGUUAAUGCCCGUCAGAGUGAGAGACUACGCAAGCAGCAACGCCACCCCCGCAGCGCUGAAUUCCGUUUCGGCUGCUACCCCACGGCUCGGGUAG